UCUACUUAAAUUCCAUUUCUUUAAUUACGUGUAUAUAAACAUAAAAUUGCAUGAACAUCUACAGCCUAAUAAUAAAAAAGGAAAAAAGUAGAAAAUUCAAAACAGGUAUAAAUUACCUAUUCAAAACAUUUGUUUUUAUCACGCCUAUAACUUGCACGUGCGAUAACACAAAGUAUCGUAUCCGGAGCGUACCCUCGAAUCUUAAGUUUUAUCGGUCUGCGAGUUGUUACGACCGGCUAUUAAAGUUGGCGACUAUUCCCCUGAAUGCAGAUGCACCCGCGUGCAUUCUACGUGUUCAUACUUGUCAUCCUUGUGACCGAUGGCGCUAGUUGCGACGACAAUACGAAGUGGUACACAGGCCUACGUACCGUGCUUCAGAAUUGUCCAUUGGAAUCCUGGAACAAUUCAGGGCAAGAUGAGUUUUUAGAGAAGUUUCGAAAAUGCGUGCAGGAACAUGCACUGGCUGCUUUGGAUGCACUUCUAGUUGAUGAUAUUAUACCAGUUUUCGAGGGGCUGGAUUUAGUAAGGUUCCACGAGGACAAGAAUUUUACGGACAAUUAUAGAGAAAGUGAGAUAGGGGAUGAUACCAAUUGGACAGCCGUUAUCGUGAAGCGAUUGUUACGAGUUUUACGCACUCAUGUGUUCAAAGUCGACGUGGAUUAUCUGACCAAUAAAAUUAUUUCUCUCCUUAAUAAUGAAGCAACCGAUGUAGAUAACUACAAGUUCGAAGGCCGCAGGCAUCGCCACCGUCGUAGACAUAACCACAUGGUGCCGCUGAUGAUGAUGGGCUUCCUGCUGAUGGGCUCGAUCUUGAUACCCAUGGGUUUCCAGUUCCUCGCGGUUCUCGGUGGCAAGGCGUUGCUCUUGGCCAAAAUGGCCUUGAUACUGUCUAGUAUCCAAGGUCUUAAAAAAAUAGCAACAAAUGGCGUUAAUUAUGGACUGUAUCACGCUCACCCUGUGGCAGGGGGUUGGCACGAUAGAAGCCAUAUAGAGCCUCCACAUUUAGACUUACCUUUUCCACCGCCGCUUCAUCCCUAAUUAGAUCAUACAUUUUCAUCAUUGUUUGGAUUUUUCAUCGAUUGUUUGAAUGGUUCCUCUUAUAUAUGGGGUAAAUUGUAUGGAGCUUGGUAGACAAUCUCUGGAAUGGUAUCUAAAAGACGUGACCAUUCCUAUUUGUCAUUGCAUUUAUUGUCGUGGUUAUUGUUAUAGUGUUGAGGUUAACAAUAAGCGAUCUUGAAAGCACUUUUGAUCACGAGGUUUUGGAUUGUAUGUAGUUUGUUGAGAAUUACCUAGGUAGCUACUCAAGGUCACUGAAGAAGACUAUCCCCGCCAAUUAUAUUCUUACGGUUGUUGAAUAAGCUUGAACUUAAUUUUGGUUAUUAAAAUUUUUUAAACAUCUUUUAAUUAUUAUAUGAUAAUACAAAAUAAUUUAUAAAACUAGUAUAAAUUGUUUACUCAUUCAUCUUAAUUAUUCAUCUAACAUUAUUCACGUUUAAUUAAUAAUAUUAGUGAAUCGACAAGUAACUAGUUAUAGAGCAAUUUUGAAUAAAUAAUAUAGCAAAUGAUAGGGCACAAAAUAGUACAAUCGAAUGAUUUUCAAGUUUAUAAAAUUUUUUUUGUUUACUACCAAUCUUUUGCCUAUUAUAUAUGUAUACUUAUUGUAAUUGUUUUUAAUAAUUUGUAUCUUGUGAUUUGUAAACUUUCAUUAAUAAUAUUAGUUCACUAAAUUAGGCUUAGAUAAUUAAUCUAAAAAAUUAUAUUGUACUCUACAAAAAAAAUGUUUUAAAAGAUUAUUUAAAAUUCAUUUUUAUAAAGUCACCAAAAUUUGCACUUAUUAAAUAUGUUGUAACAGUGACAAAUUUUUUAAAAUAUUUUCACAAACAUUUCAAAGGGAGAUAAACGCGUAAGUCAGCGCCGAAAUCACUUGGUGGAAUUAAGAAAACAAAAAGGGCUCUCUGUGGUAUAUUAAACAGCAUUGUUAUUAAUGCAACCAAGUUAAUAUUUAUUGAAAUUGUAAACGAGUCCUUUUUUUCCUUUCUCUAUGGAUUGCAUUCUGUUGCAAGUAUUUAUUUAAUCCUAAAAAUAAGUGUAAUUAUUAUAAGUGUAAGAAUUAGAUUCGAGGAAUAUCCACGCCUUAUAAAGUAAUUAUUAUGACAAAAUAAUUUAAAUAAAACAUGUUAUACGAUGA